CUGUCAACAAUUUCUUACGUUUGUAUGUUUUCGUUGCCACAAUUGUCAGAUUUUUUGAGUUCACUCGACUGUCUUUGUCACUGGAUCAGAACAUAUUUUUAUCGACAUUUACUCCAUCGAAAAAAUGGACGACGAAUUCUCUCACAGCCAGAGACUGAAAGCUGCAGUGCACUUCACAGUGGGCAAAUUUUGUCAUGAAAUUGGAGAGGAUUGUCAGAAGAAAUUCAGCAAACUGGUCGUGGCAGCGAUCGCUGAAACAACGUUCAAGCAAUGCGAUAUUUUUGCAAAAGACCUGGAGGCCUUUGCACGGCAUGCAAAAAGAACCACGGUCACUGUGGAGGACGUGAAGCUUGCAGCACGAAGAAGCGCAUCAUUGUCCAGCCACAUUAUGGCCAAGAGUGAGAAGCUCACCUCUGGCAGCAAGGAGCACAAAGAGAAGAGGAGGCAGCAUGCCAUGAAGAGGAAGAGCAAUGAGGGCGUGACAGAGCAGGAAGCGGCUGACAGUGGGGUGUAAACACACAUGCAGCCACAGGGGCUGCCUGCUUUCUUUCUCUCCUGAAGUGCCUUUUAU